AUGUACGAAUAUCACAAGUAUUUAUAUAAUAUACUGUCGAUAUUCCUUCCAAUUCCAAUCCCAAUCCCAAUUUCCCCCGCCCCCAACAAUAUCAUUUCCUUCAGUUGUUGUUGCUACUACUGUUGCUGUGCGUGUUGUGCUGGACAAACCACCGGAAAUCACCGUAAAUUUGCUACCCCCUCUCCGGUCAUCGAUCCCCGGUACAUUAUUCAGUCUCUGGAAAACUCUCUUGGUCAUCGCUUGUCAUCUUUAUUAAAGAUCACCCAACCACCGCUCUUCUCUUUCCUCCCUCUGCUUCUUCUUCUUCUUCUUCCUCUCCUCAUUGCUGCUGUCUUCAGUGUCCUUUUGGAGCAAACCCCCUUUCCACAACCUCCAACCAUGAGUCUCAACAUCGAAAGUAACAUCGCCGCCAUGUCAUUGCAAAGCAAUGCCAGCGGCUAUGUCCCAGUCCCUUUCCCAGGCAAGGACAAGCAAUUUGACCACGUCUUGGACGAAUUGGAUAAGGCCGGCUUCAUCCCUGAACCAUUGAUCGAGUCUGAAGCCCGCUGGUUCUACGAGUCGCUCGGUAUCGACGAUGUCUACUUUUCCCGUGAAUCGGUCGAUGGUAUCGUCUCCCAUAUACACGCCUUGUACGCCGCCAAGUUGGAACAAUACGCCUCUGGUAAUGUCGACGUCCCAUUCAUUCACCUUCGUCGUGAAGCCGAUGACCAUGCUGUGUACUUUGACUCGUCAAUUCCAAACUCCCCAGAACACUUGUCCACCCAAUAUGAAAAGAGAAUUGACGAAAGAUACUUGAACUCCUCUAGUGCUUCUACCGUGUCUUACCGUCUUGAAUCUUUCAAAGCCCCAUUGCACUUGUCUUCCAAAUCCCCAACUAGCGCCGCCCAAGACAUUUGUCUCUACUUUGUCUACCGCAACAGCUUCCCUCAUUUGGAUAAGGUCUCUAACGAUACCACCGAUUUGAACCUCAUUGGUGAUUCCACAUUCUUGCGUAUUGCCUCGGAUAACACCAAGUAUUUGUACCAAAAGAUCAUCAAAGAAGCCGUCGCCAUCACCGGUCCGGUGAUCCACCACUACCGCGUUGACAGUUCCACCGAACAUCGUCUUAUCAUUGCUUUUAGACAAGGAACUUCUACCAAUUAUUCCUCGGCCUUAACUUCGCUUUUGCAAUAUUACAACCUUUCUGAAACCAGAAAAUACGUUGAACAAUUUGCUAAUGGCAUGACCGUCAUCUCUUGUUACAUUGUUCCAAAUGAUAACAUUGUUGCCUCUGAAUUGUCGGUCCAUCAAGUCAUCAAGGAAGCCUCUCUUUUGUAUUGUUUACCAAACAACGAAUUUUAUGGUUUGUUUGCCACUGGUGCUUUAUCCUUACAAGAGUCUAUUUAUGCUCACUGUGGUGCGAUUUUCGUUUCUCACUUCCUCAACCGUUUGGGCCCGGAAUAUGCUAAACUUUCCACUUUGCUCGAUCCUUCCAAGUCUGUUCAACACCAAGAAGUCCUUAACUCUUUGAAACACAGAUUAAGAGCCGAAACUUACACUCCUUCUUUUAUCCAAGAAGUCUUUGUCAAGUACCGUGAUAUUGUUUCUCGUCUUUACCGUCAUUUUGCCGACGUUCACUACAUUUCCUCUAAGAUGGAAAAGACUUUAUCUUACCAAAGAUUAGCUACCAUCCCAACCGUCGGCAGCGAUGCCCAUUUCGAAUCUAUUCUUGCCAAAGAAGUUUCUCAAAACGAACACGCUGCUUUGGUUUUAAGAGCCCUCUAUGUUUUCAACAAAUCCAUUCUUAAGACCAAUUUCUACACCCCAACCAAGGUGGCCAUUUCCUUUAGACUCAACCCAACUUUCUUACCAAAAGAAGAAUACCCUGCCGCUCCAUUCGGUAUGUUCUUCGUUGUUGGUUCCGAGUUUAGAGGUUUCCACAUCAGAUUCAGAGAUAUUGCUAGAGGUGGUAUCCGUGUUGUCCAAUCUAGAUCUGAUGAUGCUUAUGCAGUCAAUGCAAGAAACUUGAUUGAUGAAAAUUAUGGUCUUGCUUCUACUCAACAAAGAAAGAACAAGGAUAUUCCAGAAGGUGGAAGUAAGGGUGUUAUUCUUCUUGACCCAGGUGUGGCUCAAACCCGCCCUCGUGCUUCUUUCGAAAAAUAUAUUGAUUCGAUCAUUGAUCUUCUUAUUGUCUCCAAUAUCCCAGGAGUUAAAGAACCUGUGGUUGACCUUUACAAGACCCCUGAAAUCAUCUUUAUGGGUCCUGAUGAAGGUACUUCGGGCUUUGUUGAUUGGGCCACUUUGCACGCCAGAGCUAGAGGUGCCCCAUGGUGGAAAUCUUUCUUCACCGGUAAGAGUCCAUCUCUCGGGGGUAUUCCUCAUGACGCUUAUGGUAUGACCACCUUAUCUGUCCGUGCUUACGUUGAAGAAAUCUACAACAAGAAGAAUAUUGAUGCUAAUACUACCGCCGAAAAAGUGAUCACCAAGUUCCAAACUGGUGGUCCAAGUGGUGACUUGGGUUCCAACGAAAUUCUUCUUUCUAAACCUGCUGAACGUUACGUUGCUAUUGUCGAUGGUCCAGCUUGUGUUGGUGAUCCAAACGGUUUGGAUAAAUCCGAGCUUGUCCGUCUUGCCAAGGCCAGACUUGAUAUUUCCCAUUAUGACACCACCAAGUUGUCCAAGGAUGGGUAUCUUAUCAAGGUCGAUGACCAAGAUGUUAAAUUGCCAAAUGGUCUCACUUUUGCUAAUGGUGUCGUUUUCCGUAACACUUUCCACUUGCGUUUGAAGGAUCUUUUUGGUCACAUUGAUUUGUUUGUUCCAUGUGGCGGUCGUCCAGCUUCCAUUGAUACCAACAACGUCCAUACUUUGAUUGAUGAAAAGACUGGUCAAUCUAUUAUUCCAUACAUUGUUGAAGGUGCUAACUUAUUCAUCACCCAAUCUGCCAAGAUUGAACUUGAAAAUGCCGGCGCUAUUUUGUUCAAGGAUGCUUCUACUAACAAGGGUGGGGUUACUUCCUCUUCUAAAGAAGUCAUGGCAUCAUUGGUACUUGAUGAUGAAACCUUCCUUAGUAAGAUGUGUAUUGCUCAAGGUGCUGCUGAACCUCCAAAGUUCUAUCAAGACUAUGUUAAGGAAGUUCAACGUAUCAUCCAACGUAAUGCUCGUUUGGAAUUCCAUGCCUUGUGGAAGCUUCGUGAAGAAACUGGUAAGCCAUUCUCUGAAUUAUCUGACGAAUUGUCUUUUGCCAUUAACGAAUUGGCCGAUGCUUUGGCUGAAUCAGAUUCUUUGUGGGCUGAAGAUUUGUCAUUCAGAGACGCUGUCUUGAAUGAUGCUUUGCCAGCUUUGUUAUUGAAUGAAGUUCCUGGUGGAGUUGAAGGUGUGGUUAAACGUGUUCCAGAAGCUUACAUGAGAAGAGUCUUUAGUACUCAAGUUGCUGGCGAAUAUGUCUAUACCAAGGGUCCAGGUGGAAACCCUGCCAAGUUUUUGGAAUUCAUUAGUGGAUUGAGAAAGAAGUUCGUCAAGGAAGGACUUGUUUGA